AUGGGCUUCUGGAAGUUCCCCUCAUUCCUGGUCCUCAGCAUUCUGGUCCUAAACCAGGCAGGUAUGCUGCAGGCAGCGCCAUUCAGGUGGGCCUUGGAGAAUGGCUUUGAUCCCGCUACACUCACCAAUAAGGAAAUGCGCCUACUACUGGCUGCAAUGAUGAAUGAUUAUGUGCAGAUGAAGGCCCGUGAGCUGAAGCAAGAGACAGGAGGGCUUCAGAUCAGCAUCACUGCCCAGAAGAGAUCCUGUAACACUGCGACCUGUGUGAGCCAUAAGAUGGCAGGCUAGCUGAGCAGGUCUGAGAGUGUGGUUAAGAACAACUUCACGCCCACCAACGUGGGCUCCAAAGCCUUUGGCUGGCGCCGCAGCGACCUGCAGGCCUGA